AUGAGCGGCUCCGCAGUUUUUUUUCUAUGCCUUUUUUUGGCUUACCGGUCAUUGGCAGAAACUCAGAAUAGUGACGGAUCCGUGUGUCUACUUACUGACCCGCCGAAGCAAUGCGGAGAAUUCUGCCUGACAGCAUUGAAGCCACUCAUUGAUCAUAUUGCAAUGCAUCAGGAGCAGUGGAAAAACUCAGAUAUUCUGAAGAUAAAUGAAACCCGAGUCAAACUAGACAGGAUAUUAGAGCGACAGGAAACUUGGUCUUUAAAGACGAUUAUACCUCCGGGCUUCGAGAAAAUCGGCAACAGAUACUUUUACGUCGAAAAGAAUCACCACCAGAACUGGUUCUCUGCCUCAAAAACCUGUUUACAAAUGGGCGGACAACUGGCCGUCAUCCAGGACGAAGCGGAACUGACGGAUCUAAGGGCAAGAAUCACACACGACACAAGCUACUGGUUGGACAUCAACGACCUGGUAAACGAGGGUGAUUACGUGUCCUGA